UUGAAUCACCAAAAAAUAAAGACAUAUACGAAGAGCUCGAGUCUUUUUACAAACAGCCAUGGAAUACUGAUGUAGGGUGCCCGGGCUCCAGAACUCGAAACUUUCAAUGUUCACAUGAACUUUGCUGUCAUCUCCAGUCAUUGUCAUGAACCAAGGGCCCAGGUCAUGGCAACACAGGCAAGGAUUCACGUAUUUAAAACCACUGAAGCAAUUAAAGCAUGCGCCGUUUUUGAUUAAUCUCCGUGCGCCUGUAAUAUUGUUCAUUUUCUCUUUUCUCAUUAUUGUAAAACAAUUUCAUAACCAUACCGAUGCUCUUUGGUGCGGCUGCAAACUAGAGAUACACUUCAAAACCCAAAGGUCCGGUCCCAUUGUGUACCUGGCAAUGUUGGAAUUAAUCUGGUGAAAAAAGGCUUCACACUUUUCUCUCAGCAAGGUGGGGUAGGCUCCCAUCAUUGAAAUGCGAUAUCUGCUUGCCAAAAUUACUCU